GAGCGAUUCACUGUUGUUGAGAGUACAUCGUGUAGUGCUUGUUUAAGAAAUUGUGGUAAAGAUUGACGACUGUUUUCUUCGUACUUUCCAUUUGGGAUUUGUUUUUCUUUUUAUAUAUUGGAUAUUUUUGUGACUAAAAGUGCUUUUUAUUUUAUUCCAACUGUACAGUUUAAGUGGAAGAUUGAAAUAUCCGGCUUAAUAGUGUUUAAUAAACAAUUUUUCUGAUAGUUUGUAAGAACGGAUGUUAAGACUUCUGUGCGGUAAAUGGAUAGCUCAAACAUGUGGUUGUUUAAUUAUUUAGUGCCCUUAAUGUUCUUGGUUGCUGAUGGAGUGGCUGGUUCUCAGAAUAAUGCUACAGAUUGUGAAAUUCAAGACUGUCUUCGCUGUGGCUCGAAGGGUUGUAUCAAAUGCGCGGAUUUGAUGGUGUACCCUUCCAGAGAAUGUGUCUCCAAGUGCCCUUUUGGUCAUGUCCAAAAGUGGAGCACGAUGGUAGAUUACGUGGGAAAAAUCUGUCAGCAUAACGGAAACUUUUUAGGGCUCUCCAACAAUGCCAUGGCAGUCUUAACUGGUGUAGUGACUGGUAGUAUAGUGUGUAUAGUACUUCUAACGUGUGCUGUGUUAUAUAUUAAGUUUAGAAGAAAAACGCUUCCGCCGUUAAGUGAAACCAGCUCCGAAAUAGACGAUUCUCCGGAACGAAAAGAUUUCGUUAAGCAAUUGGAAACUUUAAGACCUUAUGCUCAAAGUUAUUUAGAUAUGCUGAACGACACCAGGCGGCAGAUAAGAGAACUACAUUCCGAUGGAGAUACUUCCGCUAUUUCUGCGUACAGACCUGUGAUAAGAGAUUUGGCGAAGAUUCUACUGCUUCUUAACAGGCCUGUGGAUAGGUUGGCCGUGCCUGACGAUUGGGAACAUCUAUUCAACUGGGCGGAUAAGGUUCUGAAGAGAUAUAAAAGAAUGAGCGAGACCUCGCAUCUUCAAGUAGCCCAAUUAGUUGACUUCCUUCAGGGAUCUGCAAUCACGCCUGACCUAACCAGAGACAUUGACAGUUCCCGUGGUAGCACCACUAUGAGUACCUUCAAGCCAAACCAGGUGUUCGGCUCCAGUUUAAGCUUGCAAGACAUAGCUAUCAACAACUUCACCAGCAACUACGACUCGAAGUGCCAUCUACCUCUCAAUCCUCAAUGGAAGUUCGAGUACUCGCUGGUCAAUAACUUGCCCUCUUCGGAAUUCAACCCCGCUACGUGGAAGAAUAGCAAAGAGUAUUUGAAUAACUCGAUAUUCUUGGAAGAUGACUUCUACCAGCUUGGGUUCAGGCCGCAAGAUGAAAUUACGACUGAGUUGUAGAUACAUUUUUGGUCAGUGGUAGCAAUGACUAUAAUGAAAAAGCAGUUUUUAAUAAAUUAACGAAAAAUUUUAUAAAUGAAUAACUAUUUUCAAUUUCGUUGCAAAACGAAAAUACAGCCGAACCAUAUUCUAGUCCAAUCAGAGAGUGCAGCAAACACCUCUACUGGUUUCGAAACUUAUUAGUCUCUCAUCAGGAGGCACAUCAUCUCAUCAGGAGGCAGCAUCCGUCUGGCUUGCAUAUUGUAGAAGCCUCGGAGGUGUAACCAGAGAAGGUUCCCAUUGUUUUCAUUCUGGUGGGGUGUAGAAUAGCAUUAUGUUGUUUUGUAUGCCAUUAGAGUGAAAACUUAGUCUUGUUGUAGCAGUUGCCGCUAGGGCAUCUAUGCCAUUUCGUUCGUUGCAAUCCGGGACUGCACGCUGGGGUUUGUUUUGGUUGGAUCAGGGACACCAGAAUAUGUGCCUCCUGAUGAGAGACUAAUAAGUUUCGAAACCGGUAGGGGUGCUUGCUGCACUCUCUGAUUGGACUAGAAUAUGGUUCGGCUGUAUUUUCGUUUUGCAACGAAAUUGAAAAUGGUUAUUCAUUUUUGAUUUACAUUUACUCUGAUUGGAGUACGAAGGGAACCAUUCUCGUUGGAACUUUACCGCGCUGAGCAGAUGGGACGUGAAUUGUAAAUUGUAGAAUUCCUUCAUCUUCCCUAGUCUCAGCAUCCGUAUGGCUUGCAUAUUGUAGAAGCCUCGGAGGUGUAACCAGAGAAGGUUCCCAUUGUUUUCAUUCUGGUGGGGUGUAGAAUAGCAUUAUGUUGUUUUGUAUGCCAUUAGAGUGAAAACUUAGUCUUGAAAAAUUUUAUGUCUAAAAUACUAUUACUCUUUUUAGUCCAGCCAAUGAGAGCAAAAAUAGGAUAUUACCUCCGAUUUCUAUCCUAAUGCAUCGAAUUUGAUAACAUUUUGGGAGUGGGCUCUACUUACCUCCUAAUUCAAAGUCUACCUAUCCUUAUACGCUUAUAGUCUAAGAUCCGAAUAUAGGUCGAUCUGUACCCAUCUGCUUGCCGCAUGAAACAUUUUUUUUAUGAAAUUUCAUACAUAGACAUAUUAGGUCUGGAUCCCGCGCAUGAAAAAAGUUGAUUAAUAGCAAGCUGAAAAUUUGUUAAUACUUAAGGGUGUCUAGUCGGACAAACUUUGAUAUAUGGGAACACUGGAACAGGGGAAGUUUUAAUUGUGGAACAGGUUAAAAAUUUGGAACGGUCAGACCACAAAACCGGCACAUGUAUUUUGUCCGACAGAAUAGACUUAAGCUCUCCGAACAGAGAUUAAACUCUCAUGCAAAAAUCAGACUGCUAAUUAUCACCAAAUGGGCGUUUUAAUGAGUGGAACAUGUAGAAUAUGUCAAAUGACAGGAAUUAUGACAGGUGAUAAAUAGCAGUCUGAUUUUUGCAUGAGAGUUUAAUCUCUAUUCGGAGAGUUUAAGUCUAUUCUGUCGGACAAAAUAAAUGUGCCGUUUUCGUGGUCUGACCGUUCCAAAUUUUUAACCUGUUCCACAAUUAAAACUGCCCCUGUUCCAGUAUUCCCAUAUAUCAAAGUUUGUCCGACUAGACACCCUUAAGCUAUUAACAAAUUUUCAGCUUGCUGUUAAUCAACUUUUUUUUUUCAUACGCGGGAUCCAGACCUAUAUAUAUUUCUAGCAUGGGUUGCCUAUCAAAAUCGUAUCAUAGCUAUCCUUAAGGGGGGGCCGUAGGGGUUGAAAUCAAUAUUUCAAUCACAUUUUUUUAAAGCAUAGUAGAAUUAUUUUAUUUUUAAAUUAAAUAUGCAUAUUCAGUACAAUUCAUAGAUUAUUCAAGAAAAAAUUCAAGGGAAAAUAUUAAAAAAUAAAAUUUUUUAACAAAUUUUUAAACACACCUCAAAAAACAAUGGAUUUUGCGAUGGACUCAUUGGAUCAUGAUAAAAUUUGCCACCGUUGCGUUGGCUUAUUUUUCAAUAUUUUCCCUUGAAUUUUUUCUUGAAUAAUCUAUGAAUUGUACUGAAUAUGCAUAUUUAAUUUAAAAAUAACAUAAUUCUACUAUACUUUCAAAAAAAAUGUGAUUGAUAUAUUGAUUUCAACCCCUACGCCCCCUCCCCUUAAGGAUAGAUAUGACACGAUUUUGAUAGGCAACCUAUGCUAGAAAUAUUUGUCUGCAGUGACGGCUAGUCCUAUGAGACAGGUGAGGCAGUGCCUCACCGGUAUAUCAAUCGACUCUUUACGUUAUUUCGUUAUUUCAUCAUCAAUUCUUUAAAUACAAUUUAACUUUUGGGAAUUUGCUAAAUAACUUUAUUUUCGUUAUUUCAUCAUCAAUUAUUUAAAUACAAUUUAACUUUUUGAAACUUGCUAAAUAACUUAAUUUUUUUUAUAAAACUUAAUAACUUUAUUUUUAUGAUAAAAAAUAAAAAUAGGUAGGUACGGCCCUGACCCCGUAUCUUUGUAGUUAAGCGUUCUUCAUAAAUACAUCGGUAGGUAAUACCUACCCUACGUGGGAGUAUAUAUGCGUCUCAUUCUCACUUUCUCAAAUUAUAUAGCAGAGGCACUGCCUCAGAUGGGUCGCCUUGUCUAGCAUAUUACGAAGCCCACGGUGAUCGGCCGGCCGCAAUAAAAUUUAAUCUGAGAAUAAUUUUUGGAGCCGGGAUUAAAUAUCCUUUCAGAGGCUGGCAAAAAUAUGCCUCUAGCGUGGUUUUGCAGUUUUAGUUAGGUAGUUUGUUAAAGCAGUUUGUUCUGGUUACGUGUACUUACUUAUCCUUCUUACACUCUGGUUACUUACUAUUAGUAUAAUUAGAUGUUUAGAAUAUGUUAUCAUGCUGUGACUAGCUGUAUGCCAUUUUCCAAAUGUCAAUUAAAUAAGUAAAUUAAUAAAAAAAUUAGAAAUUAUGAUUUCUUUCAUAAUAAUUUUACUUUUAAGCACGCUGUUUAAUAAAAAAUAUAAAAACCAAAAAAAAAUAAAGUUUAACCCUUAGUUUAUUUAACAUAAAAAAUCAAUCUUAUAAUAUAACAGUAAUUUGCUUACUUGCUUGUUUUUAUUUCCUAUAUAUUCAAUACAUUUACAAUAUAAGAUUGGUUCCAAAUGAAAUUAUCACGUGUUUGAAGGUAUAUUGUUUGCGCACAAUAAUUUCAUUUUGGCAAGUGAUUAAUAAUAAAAGAAUCAGUCAACAGCGUAACCAGGAUGAUCCUAAGGGGGUAUGGGUCUCUGGGGGUAUGGAAUUAAGGAGGAUAUUAAGGGUAUGGGGCGCUUAUAACCCCUAAAAACCCCUUGGUUACGCCACUGAAAUCAGUUGUCCGUUCUUGUUAUGUAGUAUAUAAUGUAAAUUUUGCUUAAUAUGACUGUACAACGCUGAUGAGACCAAGAAAGGACGAAACAUCUGACUCACACUGUUUUGAUAUGUGGUAUCAUAUUAAUUAUUUUUAGCUAAAAAAAAAAACAGCUAAUAAGAGUAUGCACGAUGUUAUAGACUUAGAACUUUCGACUUUCUUUUGCGAAUAAAAUAAUUGUUAUUUAAUAUCGUUUGCAAGCCUUAAAAUAAAUACGGUGCCGUUUUGUGACGUUAUGACGCCACAAAAUCGACCUUCCGGCUAUUAAAGAAAAGCUAACCAUAAUAAUACAGUAAACUCCCUCUAUAACGAGAACUGAAAUGGCGUACUAAUUACCUCGUUAUAAGCGGAUCUCGUUAUAUCAGACAACAAUAUUAUGUAAUAUAUUAUGUUUAGGAUGUAAAAGAAGAAGACCAACGACAGACAGAUGUCAGCGACGUAACGCCAUUCCGGCUAGCGUCAUGUAACUUGUAAGUUGUAGCUUCUUGAUUGCUAAUAAAGAUUUGUAUGAACUAUACUGUUUAAUAUUUGAUUUACAUGACGAAAGGAACUUAAAACAGUGCAUAUCACCACUACUGAAAUGUUUUGAAGCCUCCUACAUAGUUUAUUAGGUGUCGAUCAUCGACUUCAACAAUGAAACUUGGCCAUCGCAAAUUGUAAAUUUCCUACGAUAUUCAAUAUCGGUCGACAGAUAAAUAGGAAGGAAGUUACAGGCGGUGGAAUUUAUUACAGCACUGGCCUCGGUAAGCACACAGAUGUUGGACAUACCUCGUUAUAAGCGAAACUUCGUAAUACCCGUGUUCGUUAUAGAGAGAGUCUACUGUAAUAUUCCUCAAGUGUAGUGUGCCUCACCAUCUUGUACUAUCACGAGCCGCCCCUGUGUCUAUGUAUGAAAUUUCAUAAAAAAAUGUUUCAUCCCACAAGCAGAUGGAUACAGAUCGACCUAUAUUCGGAUCUCGUACUAUUAUUACUUAUUAGUGGUGAAAACUAAUCCUUAUUGCAAAAUUCGAAUAAUACUAGCUAUAACGUAAAUCAAAGUUAUUUUUAUGCUUUCGAUUUUCUUUUUAUUUUUUAGCCCUUAAAAACACCCCCUAUCCUUAUAAAAUAUAAAAAAAAUGAAGAGUACAUUAGAACUUAUCAUUUAUUUAUCUCCGUAUUUACAAAACGUUGAAAUUUUUGUCAUUUACAAUAAAAAUAUCUUUUUGUAAUACCCUCAUAAUAGAAAAUAUAAAAGUAGAUAAAAAAUGAUCCGACAGGUAUGGGACCAAAGGGGUGUCGGAUUACCGAAAGUCUCCGGAUUACCGAAAGUGAUUAUAUAUUUGGCAUUGUUUUGCUAGCAGGACUCUACAAUAUUCUUAAAUUUGAUGAGUAAAAUGUUACCCAGAUUAAUAUGCAAAUGAAACACCCAUUUCGGCUAACUAAAACAUGUUUAAUACAAGAAAUAUGGAAGCUAAUAAAUUUAAUGUACAUACAUUGUGUAAAUAAUAACUUAACUUUUCAUCAAUUUAUAAACAAUAGCACGGGAGGUGCGUCGGACUACCGAGCGUGUCGGAUUGCAAAAUGUCGGAGUAACAAGGGUGUACUGUAUACAAAAAGAGCGAUGCCAGUAAAAAUUAGAAAAAGUCAGGAAAAAUUAGAGCGGGUAGGUAAGAAAAAAUUGGAGGAAGUCGGAAAUAGAGGGCUGUUGAUUGUAUCCCCCAUAGCAUGGCGACGGGCAAAAUUACUAGUAUUUAAAUAAAAUCGGAACCGAAAUUGCCGUAAUUAUAUGCCCUAAAAUUAACAGUACACCUGGGUACUGUAAAAGUACCAGGUGGUACUUCUAGCAAAGCUACCACUGUACCUGUUCAAACCAAAACGUACUAGUCAAUUAAUUUUUUUACCUUUAUACAUAUUUUUUAGUUUAAGAAUUAUAGAUUUAUGAUCUGUGUAGAUUUAUUAAAGAAAUGUACAGUUUGCUAAUAAAAUAUUACAUUAAA